UUUCAUGGGGGAUGUGGUGCCGCUUCUUGGAACCCGUCUCCCGGGAGAGAUUCCCCCCCUUCUGUCCAUCUAGAGCCCGGAUCGUUCCCUGCGGCGCCGUACGGGGAAGCCGGGGGAGGCUGCCUGCGCCCGCUGCCCAUCUGGGCUUGCGUCUCUUCGGAGAAAGCCUCCGCCGUGCCCCGGGCUCCUUCCCUCAUGCGCAUAUAGCCGCGUAGGCGGCUUCACUCCCGCGGCGGCCGUGAGGUUUCGUGCGCUGCCCGGGGCAGCGCCGGCCCUCACCUGUGCUGCUUCUCCCGCAGGCCCUCCCAGGGCAUGGAGGAGAUGGUCACUUUUCUCCUUAGGUCGCUUUGGAAGACUAUUAGGACUAACCUGAGGUGGUGGGCAGCUUCGGCGCCGAGGGAGAGGUGGAUGCCGAGGCUGGCUGGGCUGUUAGAGCAGAACUAGGGACCAAGCUUAGAAACACAGAUGGUGGAAGAUGAAACUGAGACAACAAGUGAAGAAUUGCCUCCUCAUCUGCGGGAAGAGCCUCCCGAAGAUGCCAGCAAGGACCAUCCACAGCAGCAGGCAGGGGUGAUCUGGAGAGUGACAGGUGGCCUGUUCAGUAUCACCCGGGGAGCUGUGGGGGCCACCCUGGGAGGAGUUGCCUGGGUGGGCAGCAAGAGCCUGGAGCUCACCAAAACAGCUGUGACUAGUGUCCCCGCUGCUGGCGUCGGACUGGUGAAGGGCAGCGUCUCGGCAGUGACCGGUGGCGUCGGAGCCGUGGGCAGUGCGGUUGCCAGCAAAGUCCCUUUCACUGCAAAGAAGAAGGACAAGGCUGACUAAUCCUCAUUACAGCUCCCUUCCAGAAGAUCGACCUGCCCACAGUCUCCCCCUACUCAGCACCUCUUUGAGUUGGAACCAGACGCUUCAGGGAGGGUCAAGCACCCGAGCAGACUCCGGCUGCAGCCUGCUCAGCACCGCCUGCCUGGCUCAGAGUUCACAGAGCCGCUGACAAUGCCUUUCAUUCCCAUCACCUACCGGGAACCACCUUUACUCUGAGGACUUUAAAGGCAUCGUUGUCUAUGUCUUGCAGUUUCCUUCCUCCAUUCUUGCUUUUGCAGGCACAGGGGAUUGGAAAGGGUAUCCAUCUGCUGGUGGUGGGCAGGGGUAACAGGAGAAGGGGAGGAAUUAUGCCUGGCUUUAUGUGUGAGUUGUGUAGUCAAAUUCAACUUAAAGUAGGAAGACAGUCUGUGAAACACCCCUUCCCUUGGCUCUGGGAGGUAUGUUUUUGGGGGGGUCUGCCUGGUAGAGAACUGUAGAAAAAAGUCCCAUUGACACAAAGGAGAGAUACUGUGAAAAGGGGGAAGCCUCCCUCCUGCCCUGCACCUCUUACUUUUUCCUUGCAGGGCCCAUCCCACAAGCUGCUUCAAAUCACUUUCUCCCUAGCUGAAUUGCACCCUUCAGAGAAGGAACCCUCAAGCUCAGCAGAGCAGCUCUGGAAAUGAUGCCACACGAGAAUAUGGUAUGUGCUGGGCCAUCAACUUCUGCAGAGAUUUUCUUGGUAAGAGGCAGGAGAAUGAAAGCUUUUGUAUGUUCCCUUUUGGGGAAGGAGCUGGCAGUGGCAUCCGCCAGGCUUCUGUGAUACUGCAGCACAGGUAAUGAUGCUCCACAGAGACACAGGUCUUUGGGUUUGAUCCUUGAAGCACUUGCAGUAUCCCCACCUGCAGGUGGGGCAUUUUGAUUCUAGGCCACACUCAGCCAUCACUGAUAACCAUGAGCAAGCAUGUUCCCAAGUGCCGCUCAAGUUCUGCUGCAGGGAAGGAGACCUGCUUCCCCUGGGACUCAGCACCCUGGGAGCAGUGGCCUGGGUGUGAGUGGGCUCUUGCUGUGUUGGAGAAUGCUUCCCUGAGGGGCUGAGCAUACUCCAGCAGCAGCCAGCCUGCACGGGGUGGGGUGCACCAGCCCCUCCUCCUCCACAUGCUGCUCCUGGGGCUUCUCUAAAUGACCAUGUUGCACUAAAUAGGCCUCCCACACUCGUUGUGCUGCAGAAACCCAGACACCUGCAUCCAUCUGGGAGUCACAGCCAUCCUCAGCCUGGCCCAUGGUGCUCAAGGGCCACGUGGAAUCACACACACUUGCACACACACAUGCAAACACACACUCUCACCCCAAGGUCCCCUGUAAUCCUCAGGAUGAGGAAAGCCACAGGCUCCACCACUGGCUCUGCUGCUCCUGGCUUCGGCAGGUGAUUAGCCUAGGUGGUUAGGUGUUGGAUCCAUAGGCAAGUGAAGCAGUGCUUGUGCUGUAGUUGAUAACUGUGUCUGUGUUAGUGUGGGUGUCUGUAUCAGUCCACAGGCAUGUCUUCAGCCAGGUAAGCAAAACUGUGCCACUGCCCUGGAGGAGAUUACAGGCUCAUCUUCAGCACUUCCAGCUUACAGUUUUUUUAUGUUAUAGGGUCCUAGUCAGAACAAAAAUCAUGUUUUAGAGGAUGUUUUCUCCUCUGUUGCCCAAGAGCGUAGUUUAUUGAAACCAAAGGAAUGUGAAAAUCCCUCUCUUCCCCAUCUAUGCUGUUUGUUUACCUUCUGCCCUGUCUCUUGGACAUUGAAGCCAACUUACUUGAUUUUAAUUUCCUUUGAAACUCAUUGUACUUCCUGGCUGCUCUCUUGUGCUUAGGACUCAGACAUCAGGGAAUAUUUAAGUACAGUCGUCCCCCCCCCACUCCACUACCAUUUUUGCUGAACGUUGUUGAGCUUGUGAAGCAGUUUUCAUUCUGAUCUUCAUUAAAUCCUCGUUUGGGGCUGACAUAAGUCACUGUGUCCCUGUGCUAGUUGCACCAGUGUUAGUUUCUCUCCAUACCCUUCACUGGGUAGUCCCUGCUGUUUGCAGUAGCAAGAAGUUGCUUAUCUCCACAGUGUGGUGUUCUUGAUAGCAUGAGAGUGAUUUAGCCCACAUCUUUGUUUCUGAAGAGGAAACAGCAUUUGGUAUGUGUGUGCAUUUCCUGGCUUUGUCUCUUUUGUUCUGGUGAAAGCCAAGCUGACCCAGACGUGUCGGUUUUGUCUCUGAAGGAAGUGGCUUCAGAGAAAGAUCAAGCCUUGAUGUGUGCUUGCACUUUGCUAGGAUGCUCGUGGCAGUUGGCAAGGCCAGAAGAAGUCUUGUCUGUUCUUCCUUUGUCUCAGAUGCUCUGCAAAGCAGGAGGACAGUUUGCAAUGCAUGUAUCUCUGCUCACUGCUCUCCCUGGGCACAUCUCAUUUUUUAUUCCAGAUCACAGGCUGCUGCUGAGGCCAGCUCUAACCCCAAAGCUAAAAGCUGCUUGUGCAUAACUAGCUGUGCUGUCACCAGCCCUCUUAAAAAGAUAGUUUCUUACUAAUUGUGAUGGAAGACAGUCUUCUUCCUAACUGCCUUUACCAGGCCUUGGACAGGAGAAGAUAGUGUCUAGGGUACUUCACUUCACCAGUGACCCCUGGGCAGGUGAUGGGAAGAUCACCACGAGUUUGACCAGCCAGUGUCCUACCCAGGUUCUUGCUGGGGAAGGCAGUACCUCCUUCCCAAGCUUUUGUCUUCAGGCACUUUGUGUGCAGAGCAGGCAUGGAAGAUGGGAUAAAGGUGCGUAAAGGAAAGCCAUAGGAGUCCUGAGGGAUUUCCCUGUAUUUAUUUCUCUCUUCAGUGCAUCCUUGCAGUAAAUGGAGUAAAGUUUCCAUUAUUCUGGAAUGGUUAUUUCCUUGUGGGAUGGCCUGGAGGAGAGGAGAGAAGGUGUGAGGGGAACUCACACCCUAAACCACUGUUCUUACAGCCCAGCUAACAGAGAACAUGUGAAUCAUGAAUAGCAGAACAGAUCACAUUAGCAGGCAGGGGUAGAAGAUUAAAUCUUCUGCAAACCCAGGGCCUGACUCUGCUUUACAGGCAUCCAGGAAUCCCUAAUUGUGCAGGACUCCAAGGCCUCUGGGACAUAUGGCUCUUGUCACUGUGCAAGGCCAGCUCUGUCCAUCCAGGUGACCCAGCCCUGGGCUGCUUCUCUGUGCCACUCUCAGCGGCAGAACAGAAGGAAAGCAGGGUUCAUGAUCCCAAUCUAAGAACAAAGGCACCUCCUGACAGCUUUGUUUAUGGAAUGGUAGGGUCUGAGUCAGAUGAGGAAGCUGUUGGCUCCUGACAGACAACCCCUCUUUCCUCCUCUCGCUCUUCAGACAUUCCAGCCAGCUCAGAGGCCACCUGGGCCAUUUCUGCAGCACUUCUCCCACCACCCCUUCAUGGCAAGAAGGGCAAAAACUACACUGCUGACUAAUUGCAUUAGUGCUGUUGGUACUAGGUGGAGGUGCUCAGUACCAAAUGGGGGUGGGGGAACAACACUGAAGUGGUAGAAAGGAUUGAAGGGAGAUAGUACAAGGAAGAACCGCAGUUUUCAGGUGGCAGUGAGAAGACAAGGAGGGAACAGUGCCAGAAGGAGAUGAGUGGGGGAGCAAGAAAAAGAGAGCAUUGAGGGAAUUUGUUUCUUAGCUCAGGCUCUGAAUCAGGGGAUGAACACAAUGGAGUUUGUCCUAGGGAAGAGCACAGAAAGGGAAGUGGACAAGUGUGCAUUGGCACGUGUAGCGGUGGUCUACUCUUGGCUGGUGCUCAGCUUCCAUAGUAGUGAUGAUGGCUAAGGAUUUCCAUUUAGAUAGAGCAGUGUGCCCAACAGAUGGUCCAAGCAGCAUAUUAUCUUCCUCCUUACCACCACCCCCUCCUUACCAGAUCUCCUGUAGGCUUUUGCUGUGAUCUCCAUGUGGUGAGGCUGGGUCUUUCCCAAGGUAGAGGUGGGAUGUGGCUGUACAUGCAGACCUGUCCCCCACUGUGGCUGGAUGUUCCCCGUGCCCAAAGUUUGUGCCCUGGCUGGGAGGGUAGCCCACAGACACAUCCUGUCUUUUCCCUUUGUUCAUCUCAUUGUUUUUUAUCCAUACCCCUGCGUAGAGCUCUCUAAAGCUCUCACCAACACCUUUAUUAAACAUCUGUUCUCACACUGGCUAAGCAGGCAGAGAGGAGAACUCUGCCCCCGCAGCUCCCCUAGCUAGGAGGGACGUGUUUGUCUUCCACCCCUCUCUGUCCCCUUGUGUUUUCCAUAUGGAAAAUCUUAACCCACUUCUUUUCCUCUGGGUCCCCUUGUUGGCUCUUGUCCCCAUGGGCGGGUCAUCUCUGUGCCUCCGUUGUAAAUCAUCCCUAUAAAAACAACAGCAUGAGUGGGAACGUGGAGAUGGCUAGAGAGAGCCACAGAGCUGCUGGGACAGAUGCCAGGGACAGGCUCUUGCUUCUCUAGGGGCCGAAGGAGCCCUUUGGCAACCCAAGACCCGUCACUGCGGCCACGCAGUCCCAUGCACGGUGCUGGGCUCUGGAGAACAAUCCUGUUCUUUAUCAUUUCAUUGUCUGUAAUUGGUUUCCUACUGAAUUUGUUUGCUUGGUUUGUUUUGCAGUGUGUUUCUGGGAAUAUUCUGCAUCUCUGUAUUUUAAUUACAGUAAAAUUUGAGGAUAAAA